CCGAUAGAGAUGGUGUUGUCUGCCAUUCGAUAGUCUCAGGGCUACAGAAACAUGGUCUCCUUAGUGAGCAAGAGUCUGAUGCAGCAGCGUGCUGUCCGAACCAACCAGCUGAUGUGCAAUGGCUGCCGUAGCUUCUCUAGCAGCACUCCGUGGUCUGCAGGACAUAACCGCUGGUCUAAAAUCAAGCACGAUAAGGCCAAGGAAGACAAGGCAAAGAGCAAAGAGCGUCAGCUCAUGAAUAAAGAGAUCAGCAAUGCAAUUCAGAUGUGGGGACCUGAUCCGCAGUACAAUCCGCGCCUAACCCUUGCCCUCUCGAAUGCGAAGCGAGCCGGAAUUCCGAAGAAUGUAAUUGAAGCGGCUUUGGCCAGGGGGAAGGGCAUAAGUUUGACUGGCGAAGCGCUGGAGCAAGUUACCGUUGAAGCUAUCCUGCCACACAAUGUCGCAGUCGUGAUUGAAUGUCAGACCGACUCAAAAGCCCGUCUUUUGCAGGACAUUAGACAUACGAUCAAGAACGCCGGUGGGGCCGCCACCCCGACAAUCUAUCUAUUUGAAAAGAAAGGUAGAAUCGUUUUCGAGAAGAAGGAUGGCGUGGAUCCAGAUGAUUAUUUAGAUCAAGCAAUUGAAGCGGGCGCCACUGAUAUCACCGCUGAUGAUGAAGGCCGUCUUGUCGUCUUUACUGAGCCCACAGAAACCAAGAGCGUGGGAGAGGCGCUGUCGAAAGUCAUUGGACUUCCUGUCGAGGAACUUGAAGUCUUCUGGGACCCAAACAAAGACACCAUGGUUGACCUCAAAGACGAGGAGCACGUCAGUGAGAUUGAGAGUGUCAUGAGCAAGCUGCGAGAGGAGUCGUGCGUCAAUGAGAUAUAUAUAAAUACGCGCCAGCUGUUUUGACGAGGUGCGGGGCCGAUGAUUUUGUCCUAGACCAAGGCAGUUAGAGUGUUGUAUCAUAGGUUUGGAAAGGCGUACUAGAUGUAUCAUAAUUAAAACCACCAAGAGAGC